CGCGACCUCAUAGUGUUCCCGCUGAGGUCGCCGCGUUUUUUUCUUGGCGGCGCCCGGCAAGCCUCGGGCGAGCGGCGUCUCCCAUCGCCGUGGCAACGCAAGGAAAGGAGCUUACGCCGCCGUGUUGUCGUAGUUUUGUGGUUGAUGAACAUUUUUUUUGUUUGUUUGAUGAAACUGCGUUGGCAGUGGUGCAUGGUAUAAGCGACGAUAACCAAACGGUCAACGACGCCGGUUUAACACGUAGGCUUUCGCGACACUAUCAUCCAGAAUACAGAUAUGGAGGCUGUCAGCAGUGCUUUAACGCAGUCGCUGCGCCUUGACAGCAGCGAUCACGACGUACACGGGUUGCAGGACACUGUACAUCUUUUGCAGUCUCAACUAAGGCAACUACAGGCAGACAAUGCAGCUGAAUUUGAGACAAUCACAGACGUUCGUCGGAAACUAAACCAGUCUGAGAAUGAAAAGGUGGAACUUACAAGCAAACAUAAUCAAGAGGUCCUAAUUUUGGACAGUCAGGUGAUGAGGCUACGAGCUGAGCUGGAAAAGGGUGAGGCACUCCGACAGGAUUUGGAAUAUGACCUGGCCCUGAGCAGGAAAGAGGCAUGUGCAGAAAAACGCCUAUUUGAGGAGAAAAUCGUGCUUGCUGUUAAAACAAAUGAUGAGAUGAAAGCGUAUGCCUUAGAGUUGCAGCAGAAGGUGUCUGACCUGGAGCGAGCACUGAGGAUUUGCAAACAGACGGCAGAGGAAGAGCAGUGCAGGCUUUGGCUGGAUUUGGACAGCCAGAAAAAAUUAAACAAAGACAGUCACUCUCAGAUGAAACGCAUUUCCGCUGAACGUGUCCAACUAGAGCAAGUUAUAAAGGAACAGAAGGAGAUGCUGACUAAGCUUCAGUCCACUCUGCAUUUAGCGGAGGAAGAAAAAUGCAAACAGAGUGAAGUCUUGCGUCGGCAAACCUGCGAACUUGAGUCUUUUUCUCAAAGGGAGGCCAAGAUGAAAAAAGAUUUAGAGAUUGCCCAGCAGAGAUUGAGGAGCUUGGAAGACAGCAAUGAGGCAGAACGUGCUUCUCAUCUGGAAUCUAAGUUUAACUCAGAAAUAGUGCAGCUGCGCCUCAGGGACUUGGAGGCCUCGCUAGAGGUAGAGAGGUUGGCCAGAAGCAGUGCCGAGUCCAACUUGGAGAUGAUCCGAGACCAGUUCAGACAGCUGGAAAUGGCCUAUGAGAAGGAAAGGGCACAGGUGCAACAAACCGCUGAGCGUCUGCACCAAUUUGAAAAGGAGUCAACGGCCAUGGUGAAGCAGAUGUCCCAGGAGAUGGAAGACAAGAAGAAAAGUAUCGCAGAUCUCUCAAUACAGCUGCAGACAAAUGAGAAAAUCUCAGCCAACUUCAACAAAGAGCUUAACUUGGCCAAGAAAAGGCAGGCAUACCUGGAAGAGACGUAUGGGGGACACAUCCGAGAUUUGGACAUGUUGCUGGAGAACUUUGGAAUCGCUUCCUUGACACCUGCGGCGCAUACGGAGCAAGAGAAGGGCCAGGGUCCCUCGGCAGUGCUGCAGAGCCUGCGGCUCACCCUGACAGAUUACCAGGGCCGCUUGCGAGAGAACUCUAACGAGUUGGACAAGAUGAAGCGACUCUGCGAACAGAUGAGAGAAGAGUGCCAGUCCUCUAAAGAAUUGGCUUGGACACGCAACAAAACACUGGAAGACUUACAAGCACAGUUGCUUGCAGCGAACACUGAAGUGGUGAACCAGCGCGCCCAGGCAGAUGAACGCGUUGGGUCCAUGGCAUCUCUGCAAAGCGAAGUGCAGAGGCUGCAGGCCAGUUGGGAUGCGGAGAAGGCCCACUCUGCUGAUGCCUACACACAGCUCAAUAAGCUGCGCCAGGCCUUUGAAGAGGACGUGCAGGAGAAGCUGACCUUCCUGCAUGAGCUCUACCAGCGGCUUGUGGCAGGAUGCGUGGUGAUUCACCCUCCCAAAAGCAUCCUGGGACAGUUUACAUGGGCUGAGCUGUGUAGCAUUUUGCAGGAGAAUGUGGACGCUUUAACAAUGGACCUCAACCGUAACCUGGAGAAGGUGGCCCACCUUGAGAGAUUGUGCAAUGGCAAAGAGGAGGCCAUGAAAGAGCUAAAGAAGCGGCAGGAUGCUAGCGUCAAUCGCUUGCUGGAAGGAAUGCGGGAGAAGGAGGAGGGCUGGCACAAGGCCAAGGUGGCGCUGGAGCAGCACUACACUCGGCUGCUGGGCGAGGUGCACACGCACGCGCAGAAGAGCCAAGCAUCUGCAAGUGAUCUCCGUGGGAAGGUGAAUGAACUGACUUGCGAGCAAGAGCGCCUGAUGGCAGAGCUUGUGAGCCUGCAGGAGCAGCUUUCCCGUGGCGUGGAUGAGCGGGCUGCCCUGCUUACAGCCUGUGCCCUCCUGUCAGGUGCUAUCAUCCCAUUACGUGCCCGAGCCCAGGCUCUUGCCACCCAGCGGCUCUUCCUGGCUCAGCGGGCUGAUAAAUGUGACCACUUUUGUAAACAGCUGGCUGCCCUAGGUAAGGCUUUGUCGCUAGAGCUUAAAGGCGUGCAGCAGAAGUCACCAGAAACAAGAUUGGAUGAACUGGCGUCUGCCUCAAAGGGAAAACUUGCGUCUUCUUCAAAAAGAAAGGGUCUGCUUCGAUUUCGCUUGGCUGUGGUUGUUGUGCUUGGGGCCAAUCGGCUGCAACGGCUGGGUGGCUCCACCCGCAGUAUUUUCACGUGGACCGAGGGUACAGGGGAUAAUGGUGCCAUGCUGGUCUGCACUGGAAAAGUCAAGCCCAGUGAAGGCCACAUGAGCUCCAAACAAGCGACAAAAGACAGAGUGUUUGCUGCUUUAAGCUGGUUUUCUAGCCCUGAACUGCAAACAGCCAUUAUACAUUCAAUGAGUGAACUUCAGCAAGUCAUCAAACAAACAGAAUUACAUGGGGCCUCACUUGGACAGAGUAUUGUCACAGCUGCACGGGCAGCCUUUGCUAAUUUGUUGGACCAUCUGAGCAUUGAGAUGGAGUGGUCUGUGGGUUCCAACAACCUGCACUAUGAGUGGAGAGAGCCUGACUCACUUGCGUGGUUACUAAACCAGAGGUUGACCAAGAUUACAGCGCGUGGUCAUGGUGAUGAGCAGUCGACUCAGUACACCAUGCAGCACUGUGUGGGCUUGGUACAAAAGCAGCUGCUGGAGUUCACAGAGAGACUGCAUGCGGCUGAAGUGGAGCGGAGGGCUAACCGGCUGGAGCUUGCCCAAACCCGUGACUUGAGAAGGCACGCAGAUCAUUCUCGCAGCCUGAAGAAGGAGCUGCAGGAGCUCAGACAAGUGACUCAAAACCUCGUCCCAGUGGAGCAGUUUAACGGAGUGUGUGAGGAGCUGAAGAGUGCACUGGCCAGGGAGCAGCUGGCUCAGCACCUCCUCAGGGAUCAGGCCCACCAGCUGCAGGAGCUUGGGGAUCGCCUGCAACAGCAUGCCAGCCAGGACACGGAAAAGGAGCAGACUCUCGCCGAAGCCGUCAAGGGCUUAUCGGAGGCCAAGCUGGAGGUGCGGAGAAAGGAGCAUGCCGUGCAGCAGCUCAAUCGUCGUUUGGCCCAAAUGGAGAAUGAGCGACGGCGGUUGUACGAUGCCAUUAAGGGCACUGAAGAUGUUCUGCGCAGCAGUACCAGGAGUAAGGAAAAUGUGACAAAUUACAUGAAAUGUCUGGACCAAAGUCUUCAGCAGGUGAGGGAGCAGCUAUCCCUGUCGUGGGCCACGGGCGAACUGGCACUGCAGCCCGCCACACUGGUCCUGGAGAAGGCCAUUGCAGAUGGGGCCUGCCUGGGCGUGGAGGCCGGCAUCUGUCAAAGCGUUGUGCGAAGCGUGUCGGACGUGCUGCAGGCUGCCUGGCUCAGGAUAUCGGCCCUAGAAAAAGAGAUCGCCUCUCACAGACAGCACAUCACUAUGCUCAAGGGCGAGUUGCACACUGCCUGCCUCAGGGCAGAAGGCCAGGUCACGGACGCAUGUGUGGACGCGUGGCGGAACGUCAGCAAGCUGGAGUGGGGAUGUGCAGGAGAGGUGCCGCGUGGCUCGGACCGGGCUCACGGGGCCAGCUCGGCAGGGCAUCACACUGGGCCACUGGAGGGCAGCCGUGGACUCCCCAGGGACUCCACUCCUGCAGCGGAAUUGCACGUUGGCUUAAGCAGCUCCGAGCGCGACGCGUCGCAGGGCGGCCGCCCUCGUUCACGCGCUCGCUCCGACCCCACGGCCCGGAGUGUUGGCACCCGUCACAGCCAGAGGCGAUCUCCGUUCAGAUAGGCAAGGCCCCAUCGACCAGUUGUCAUCCAGAAGAACAAUAAAGGCUUCAGAAGUAAACUUGCUGAUUUUCCUCAAAAAAAUAAAAUCACCGAUUCUAUUUUUAUUUUUUUUAUUUUAUUUUGGGGGUUGGGAGGGCAGAAGGAUAUGGUUGUUAUUUUUCCCGCAACAGGUCAAAUUCAUAAUUUAUGACAGUAUAUGCCUUCGUGUGUGUAUUAGCAAACGAGUACACAAUGUACUCAUUUAAAGUAUUUUAUUUAUCAGCCAUUAAUUGAUACAUUUCAAAUACUGUAUGUAAUUUCAAUGUUAAGGCUUAAGUGGUUUUAACGUAUCAUUCUUUAGGCACAUUUUAAAAAAACACGUCUGAUUUGAUAUUUCAUUUACAAUGGAAUGAGCACAAGUUUGCAACAAUGCUGUUUGAGGAUUUCACAUUAUAUAGUGUUUUGUAUGUUGAUUUUAUCAAAAUAUUAGUUUAAAAAUCAUUUGCACUUUGGUUUUGUUUGUAUUAACAUUGCUAAAAGAAAUACUGUAAUCUGAUGACAGUCAAUAUUAGUUACCAGGUGUAGAUUUCUCUUGGUCUAAUUGAACAAAUUCCCUUGGCUUUCUCUGGCCAUAUUUUGAAGAAACAACUCUUGGUUUCAUAACAUCCCUGUUGGGAACUUAUCAUUUAUAUAUACAUUAAACGCAUAGGUGUCUUCAUAAAAAAUGUCUGCCACAUUGUUUUUGUCUGUGUCCUUGCAUAUAUAUUUAAGUAUCUUGAAUGUUGCAGAACUUAACCUGAAUGUUGAGGUUAAGUGCCUUAAGAUGCCUAACUUCAACAUUCAAGUACUAAUCCGAGCGGUAAGCAAAUAAACAGUGUAAGUGGCGCUGAGAGUGAUAGGUGCGUGUAAAAGGAAAUGUCAUAUUCUUCCAAGGCGAUUACCCAGAACAGCUAGCCUGCAAGGGCUAAAUGACAUCCACCCCCAAAUUAUCUUUAAACAACACUAAGCAAGCAAUAAAUGCUUGGCGAAUAAAAGCCAAGCCACCCUGUAUCCCUUUAAUGGCUCUGCAACAGUAAACUAAUCAGCAGCAGACACGG